GAGCAUCUGUCUUCGUUCGACACGUGGACGAAGAUAGAAUUGACGCAAUGUCGCCGCCCGUAGCUAACCUUCGCGCCACCAUUUUUCUGUUUACCAAGUAACUUGACGUAAUUGUCAUCGGUGUUUAUCAGCGACGAGCGCGAGUCGACGUGCGGCUUCGACGCGCACGACGACGAUGUGAGACGAGACAUCGCAAUUGUUGAAUUACAGUCGCGCGCGACACACAGAGACCACGGACAAGCGCGAGAGCCGUCGUUCUUGCAGCUAAUAACCACGUCUUGCCGUCCUUCCGCUCGCAUGCAAAAACAUGUGGGCCUAUUAUUUACUCGUCGCUUCCGGCAUCCUCGAUGUGGCAAUGGCCUCCGACAGCUUCGACUUCGGCGACACCCUGGCCUUGAUCCUAGGCCUGACCAUUGCGAUCGUCGGGUUCUUCGCCUGCAUGGGGGCCUACGCGAGGAGAAGAGGCCACUUCGAAUCCCUGUGAGGGGCUUUUCAGUCUUUUUAAACGUAUCCGAUACACAAGAGAAAUCUGACCUAUCGAGGAAGAUGACGGCUAAAAGGCGCAGCUUGAGGUUUCCUGUAUGUACAAAGGACAGUUUUGUUUUUUUUUAAAGAUUAGACAAUAUUCGUGAAAUAUAAUGAAAUAUAAUCGUGAAAUAUAUCGAUAUAUUUGUAUAUAACACCUAAUAUAUCUGUUAUGUAAUAAAAAAUGAGUGACAAAUGACACCUCUAUUAUUCCGA